UCUGGGCAGCUCUAUCGGCCCAAUGCUGCCGUCAUUGGCCCCACAUUAAACUACUGCCAAACUAUUUCUGUAGUCGUGUCUGUAUGUGUGAGAGAAAGCAAAAGGACAUUGGGCACAAGAGCAGUGUGUGUGUGUGUGUGUGUGUGUGUGUGUGUGUGUGUGUGUGUGUGUGUGUGUGUAUCUGUGUGUGUAUCUGUGUGUGUGUGAGAUGUUUGCUCCCGGAGGUUUAGAUUGGUAGUAUAAGCAUGCUGCGCUCCAAUGUGCGUAUGAGAGCUAGGCUUUGGGGGUUAGCUGCAGUGAUAGCAGUGUUUGCUCUAGAUGAAAGGGGAAGGCAGGUAGUCUAGGUAUGAUGUCUAGGGGGGGUUGGAGUGCAACAAUGCAACGCUUCCCAGAAAGGGAAACGAAGCUUACAGGUUUUUAAUGUAUAUUUCUGUCUCUGUCUAUGUCUAUCUCUGUCUAUGUCUCUCUCUCUCUCCACUUAAUGGUUGCAUCGGAAAAUACAUUCACUGAACUAUAAAAAGCACUGUACUGUUUCUCCCCUGUCGCUUUGAAACCCGCCGUGCGCAUCUUAAGCCGCGGUGUGCUAAGUUCUCACUGAUAAGUGAAUGGCGUUGCACCAAGUCUGGCAAAGGUCCCGAUAUCCAUUACAACUUUGGAAAAUAUAUGGGCAGAUAACGGACGACCACUGACGCAAGCAACUGCCUGCACCCAACCACACGCAAACACACUUUUAGGUGCUAGGUACGAGAUAGUCAUUGUCCACAUUUCCCCAGAUGAAGCCAGCCGUACUGAGCCUGCAUGGGGACCAGUUACAUGGUUUUGUUGCCAAAGCAGUAGGUGCCACUGCAGUCUAGGGGAUGGCAUCGAACCGGGCGGCUAGAUGAACACAGCCACCAUGAUCCAGCCAUUGUGAGAAGAGGGCAGCUGCUGAAACAACCAACAUUUUACUUCAACUGCCAAACAUGACGCUACAACGUACCAACGUCAAAUGCACCAAAAUGUACAAAACCCUCCUUCCCUCCUGAACAGUCCAAGAGUGACUCAUAAUCAGGGCUCAAGCUAGGGUGGAAGUGAUCCACCCAGUCAGGGUUGCGUCUCAACUCGCUCUCUUCCGCCGGUCGUCAAAUCCACCAUGAUUUCUUUCCAAGACUUGUGGCCAUGAAACCCGGUGCCCUCUACAGAAGCGUACGGCUAGCCGUGGCUAGAAUGUUCGUCCUCAUCUUCUACAACUAGGCCGCGGGUCGAGUAGCCACCAGAGCAUGGAGGAACACCUCCCCUCGAACACCCCCCUGAAGGUACUGCUGGGCGCCUCGUUCUGCCUCCUCAUCCUGCUCACCGUCAGCGGCAACGUGCUGGUGUGCGUCGCCGUGUGCGCCACGCGCCGCCUCCGCUGCCUCACCAAUUGCUUCAUCGUGUCGCUGGCCGUCACCGACCUGCUGCUGGGCCUGCUGGUGCUGCCCUUCUCCGCCCUGCAGCAGCUGACCGACAAGUGGCCCCUGGGGCCCGUCUUCUGCAACAUCUACAUCUCCCUGGACAUCAUGCUGUCCACCGCCUCCAUCCUGACGCUGCUGGCCAUCAGCAUGGACCGCUUCCUGGCCGUCACCAUGCCGUUGCGCUACGCCGCCUUGGUGCUGCCGGGCCGCGUGGCCGUGGCCAUGGCGUCCGUGUGGACCGUGUCCCUGGCCGUGUCCUUCCUGCCCAUCCACAUGGGGUGGAACACGCCCAACGGCACAGUGCAGAACCACCGGGCCGGCAACAACCAGUGCAACUUUGAGCUGAACGGCGCGUACGCGCUCACGGACUCCCUGAUCACCUUCUUCCUGCCGCUGUUGGUCAUGUGCUGCACCUACUACCGCAUCCUGCGCAUCGCCCGCUCCCAGGCCAAGCGCAUCAUUGGCUCCCGGCCGGCGUGCGUGGUCACCAGCUACGACGCCGGGGGCAACGGCCGCUGCACCACGACGACCGUCACCUCCAGUGUCACCGCCGUGGCGCUGCGGGAGCACAAGGCCACGGUGACGCUGGCGGCCGUCAUCGGGGCGUUCACCGUGUGCUGGCUGCCCUACUUCAUCCUGUUCAACGUGACGGGCGUGAAGGAGCAGGUGCUGUCGGGCACGCUGUACGAGGUGGUGCUGUGGCUGGGCUACGCCAACUCCGCCCUCAAUCCCAUCCUCUACGCGGCGCUCAACAGGGACUUCCGGUCGGCGUACGCCCGCCUGCUGGGCUGCCGCUGGCCGAAGUACCGGGAGGCGUGGAGCAGGCACCAGUGUCCGGUAGCAGCGGGGAACGAGCUUACAGAGGUGACAUUGCUGUGUGGUCACAACUCCGCCAACUGCAGCGCAGGCUUAGCCGAGGAACCACAUGCGUUGGAGGAGGUCAACAACCGCCCCAUUGACAACCAGCUCACGAAUGGUUUCACUCCAACAGACGUCAAUGGCAAUGAAAGGUCAUGAUGACGCUGAACAAGAGAGGAGGAUGUUGUGUUCACCGGCCGCCCGGCCCCCUUCUAGCAACCUUGAGGGCACAGAUAGAAACAUCCAGAACGGUGGAUUAAAGAUGUGUGCUGGACUGCGUUCUUGAUUUUUCCAAGGUACAGUUAGUGGGGGAGAAAAGGAACACCAUGUGUAUAACAUCAUGUCACAUUCAACUCUUUUGCUAGACAAAGUGAUGAAGCGAAACUCCUUGAACAAGGAUGAAUCUCACCGUUUAUAGAGACAAGCGCUGCCUAGCAACAAAAGAUUCUGCGUUAUCCAAGACUGCGGGGAAGGCUGAGUGACAGCAUGUGAGAGACUGAUACCCUGUUGGAGAUAUCCAACAGGGACCAUGCAGAGCGACGACGAGAAGACUGAUGCUGGUCGAUGUCUAAUUUAUUUUCAACUUGAAAAACUCAUUGUUAUGCCUAACUUGUUCUUGUUACUUUUUCACAAUGUGAAAGGAAAUAUAUAAAGUGUUGUUUUGAUCCGAUGGCUGUUUGCCUGUUUGUCAGCCCUCCUUUCGUCGACAUCUUUCAAACAGGAAGGAGCAGAGCUUUUCAACUCCUGCGUUUAUCUCGCAGGUACACAAGAUUAUGCUAUCCAUAUGUAUUUAAGAACUAAGUUGUGCCAAUCGUUAUCUCUUGUUCGGCCUCAAAUAUUGUCACUUUGAGGAGGACCGAUGAUUCGAAGUAGCAGUAGGGCUAGCCCCUGUUAUAUUUCAACGGGAAAACAACUUGAAGUCCACACAUACUCAGACGGCACUGCACCCAAGAGGAAGCAAGAAGAACUGCAACUCAGCAUGACGAUAUGGAUGACAGGAGCAGGUAGGGCCUAAGUAUAAAUUAAAACAGUGUUUCAAUGUGUGUUUUGAUGUGGGGAUACUUGCUGCAGAAUUAACUGAAAAUGUAUCCAGUAUAACGAUUUUAUUAGUUUCUUAUUCAGUCAGGCAGGCAAAUAAACCUGAUGCUUUAACUCAUUCUGUGUUUGUUUUUGCACAAAUGAAAUCCAUUUAUGGACUAUCUCACAGAAAAAUGAGUAGAACAGAUAAAGGUUUUUUUGCAAAUGUGGGUGUUCUAACUUUUAGUUAUUGCCCAGGCUAGAAGCUCAGAACAUCCUGGACUCAGGUAUUCCACACAAAACGUUUUGAGCGAGAGACUUUUCCAGUGUGACACUUAAGGAAAAAACGUCAAUGCCAUUACGAAAACUUCCAACCAUUGUUUGAAUAAAUCAUCGCAAAAGCUGUUAUUAAAGGGGCCAUCAUGUUCAAAAGAGAAAAAACCUUUCCACAUCCACUCAUGAUAGGAGAUGUAUUAUGGAGAGUCAUGCUGUUCUUUGUAACUGGUAGACGGCCAUUAUGAUUUCAUUACUUUUCACAGUAGUCUAUCCAUAGUUACACAGAUCAUUUCCCCCAAGGUAGUCAUAUGUCGCUGGUCCCUUCCAUCUCUGCUCACGCUCACUCACUCUACCUUGUC